UUAGCGCAACUUUUCACUUCUACAACUUUUGCGCUGAUGUCUCGACUAUUUCACCCCUGAAUGAAGCUCUUAACAGCACCACAGGACAAAGGCACGCUUCGGACAUGAAAGUUUUAACCGGGUAGAGACUCAUCUUUCCCCCAACUGCAUCAUGAAACAACUGCAGCGGUUCACAGUGUGGGCGGUGGUGGUCUUCUGCUGCCUUUUCGAGAUCUCCAGAGCUCAGUGUGAUGUCUGUAAAGAUAAUGUGACUUUUAUCACAACGACUACAUCCAUCUCUGUACAAAACUGUAACGUGUCUAUUAAUGAAAACUCCACCGAAGAAACCGAACGUCUGGAGCCUGGUCGUGUUUAUUCUGUUCAGGCCAAAUGUUUUAACUGUUGUGCCAAUGUUACAACAAAGCCUGAACAAGUUGUCAAUGUGAUAAUUAUCAGCACAACAUCGUCUCUGAGUCUAAUGUGGGAAAAACCUAAUGGAACCGUCUCUGGUUAUGACGUGUCCUGGACUGAUGGAGAACAAAAUGACCAUAAUGUGACUAAUCUGACCACAUUCGAAAUCCCUAAUCUCACCUCUGGGGUGAAGUAUAAUGUCACGGUCACUGCAGUGGCAGGAGAUGAGCGAACUACAGGACAAGGAGUCACUUUAAAUCAAUAUACAAAACCUACGAGGCCUGAUGAUGUCACUCUCAUGGAGAGAGGGACCAAUAGUCUGAAAAUUAACUGGACGUUACCUGGAGGUCGUGUGGAUCACUAUGAAGUACAGGCGGGACAGAAUAAAAACAAAACAAAUUCUUUGUGGUUUCAAUUCCUUAAUCUGUCACCGGGACGACUCUACACCAUCAGUGUAACUGCUGUCGCUGGAAACUUCACUAACCCUUCAGAACCCUCAGAAUUUGCCACUUAUCCACUGCCUCCUGAGUCUGUCACCGUCACGGGCAGAACAAACUCCUCUCUGGAUCUGAGUUGGGGGGUUCAGACUCAAAUGCAGGACGCUCCUGACAUCACGUACAACAUCACCUAUGACGAUAGUCAUGUGACAUCUGCAAACAGCACCACCAGUCUGACACCUCUUAUGUCUGGAACUUACUAUAAUAUAACAGUGAAAACUGUAGGACCUCAGGGCCUCCUCAGCACUGAGGUCAACAUCAGGGCUUGUACUAAUCCAAAUCCAGUUUUGAAUCUCAGAGCGUUCUCAGAAUCCAGCACAUCAAUAAAAGUUGAGUGGUCGUCUCCACUGGAAAACAACCAAAGUUACUCCUACAAGAUUGUGACCUACAACUCUGCAGGAAAUGUUACCAACAACCAAACUGUUAAAGACAAUUCUGCAAAUGUACCUGGACUGGACCCAGGAACCAAUUACACGAUAUCUGUGACCACACUGCUCUCAUCUGAAUGCAAGUCCACAAAAGUAGAAGUCUCCAGCUACACAGAACCUACGAGGCCUGAUGAUGUCACUCUCAUGGAGAGAGGGACCAAUAGUCUGAAAAUUAACUGGACGUUACCUGGAGGUCGUGUGGAUCACUAUGAAGUACAGGCGGGACAGAAUAAAAACAAAACAAAUUUUCAGUGGUUUCAAUUCCUUAAUCUGUCACCGGGACGACUCUACACCAUCAAUGUAACUGCUGUCGCUGGAAACUUCACUAACUCUUCAGAACCCUCAGAAUUUGCCACUUAUCCACUGCCUCCUGAGUCUGUCACCGUCACGGGCAGAACAAACUCCUCUCUGGAUCUGAGUUGGGGGGUUCAGACUCAAAUGCAGGACGCUCCUGACAUCACGUACAACAUCACCUAUGACGAUAGUCAUGUGACAUCUGCAAACAGCACCACCAGUCUGACACCUCUUAUGUCUGGAACUUACUAUAAUAUAACAGUGAAAACUGUAGGACCUCAGGGCCUCCUCAGCACUGAGGUCAACAUCAGGGCUUGUACUAAUCCAAAUCCAGUUUUGAAUCUCAGAGCGUUCUCAGAAUCCAGCACAUCAAUAAAAGUUGAGUGGUCGUCUCCACUGGAAAACAACCAAAGUUACUCCUACAAGAUUGUGACCUACAACUCUGCAGGAAAUGUUACCAACAACCAAACUGUUAAAGACAAUUCUGCAAAUGUACCUGGACUGGACCCAGGAACCAAUUACAUGAUAUCUGUGACCACACUGCUCUCAUCUGAAUGCAAGUCCACAAAAGUAGAAGUCUCCAGCUACACAGAACCUACGAGGCCUGAUGAUGUCACUCUCAUGGAGAGAGGGACCAAUAGUCUGAAAAUUAACUGGACGUUACCUGGAGGUCGUGUGGAUCACUAUGAAGUACAGGCGGGACAGAAUAAAAACAAAACAAAUUCUUUGUGGUUUCAAUUCCUUAAUCUGUCACCGGGACGACUCUACACCAUCAGUGUAACUGCUGUCGCUGGAAACUUCACUAACUCUUCAGAACCCUCAGAAUUUGCCACUUAUCCACUGCCUCCUGAGUCUGUCACCGUCACGGGCAGAACAAACUCCUCUCUGGAUCUGAGUUGGGGGGUUCAGACUCAAAUGCAGGACGCUCCUGACAUCACGUACAACAUCACCUAUGACGAUAGUCAUGUGACAUCUGCAAACAGCACCACCAGUCUGACACCUCUUAUGUCUGGAACUUACUAUAAUAUAACAGUGAAAACUGUAGGACCUCAGGGCCUCCUCAGCACUGAGGUCAACAUCAGGGCUUGUACUAAUCCAAAUCCAGUUUUGAAUCUCAGAGCGUUCUCAGAAUCCAGCACAUCAAUAAAAGUUGAGUGGUCGUCUCCACUGGAAAACAACCAAAGUUACUCCUACAAGAUUGUGACCUACAACUCUGCAGGAAAUGUUACCAACAACCAAACUGUUAAAGACAAUUCUGCAAAUGUACCUGGACUGGACCCAGGAACCAAUUACACGAUAUCUGUGACCACACUGCUCUCAUCUGAAUGCAAGUCCACAAAAGUAGAAGUCUCCAGCUACACAGAACCCGCAAAUGUCACCAUUACAGAAGUCUCCGGAACCACAACAAACUUAACAGUGAGCUGGAAUAAGGCGGCGGGGAAAGUGGAUAACUACACAGUGAAUCUUUACAACAAGAGUGGCCAAGUUCACACUAUGGGACCAUUCAACGACGAUAUUUUAACCGCAACGUUCACUGACCUGAAACCCGGAGUGCUGUACUGCGCCGAGGUGGUCACCAGGAGCGGACCCAUGGAAAAUAAAAGUUCGAAAAGAUGCAACGCGACCUUCCCUACUCCUCCGGGAAGCAUCAGUGUGAGCGACAGGACGGAGCGAUCUAUAACUUUUUCCUGGGACGCGCCGAAAGAUAUGUCGCCAGAUCAGUACCACUUUAAUGUCACCGUUAUCGAUAUCCGCAGAGAGACUCAAGAGAACCCCAACAUCGCCGUGUCGGGCCUCGUCUCUGGAAGCCCCUACACCGUCGUUGUCGUUACUAUCGGUGUGAACGACCUAGUGAGCCAGGAAGUGACCUACACUGCGUACACGAAACCAUAUCCCGUCACCGACCUGCAGCAAACUGAAAUCACCACUGAACUUGUCACGCUGAAGUGGAAUCAGACUGAAUACAAACCGGAUUAUAAAUAUUUGGUGCAAGUCUUUAACACCUCGGGGCUCGUUACAAAGAUAAAUGUUACUGACUUAAAUUACACAGAAAUCGGGCUGAUGUCUGGCACCAACUACAGCUUCAGUGUCACCGCACAAACAGCAGAUGGCACUGCAGCCACACCAAAGACCGUGUCCUACUUUACACGACCGUUCAGUGUCAAAAACCUUCAGGCCUCUGCAAACGAGACAGUUGUGACACUGAAAUGGCAAAAACCUGAUCAAUAUAAGAACAGUUACAGUUUCCGAGUACAGAACUCCAGCGUGAACAGUAGCAAAACUCAAAACUUUAUCUACCCUGUCAGUGAUCUGGUUCCUGGCUCUUCCUAUCGGUUCAAUGUCACAACUGAGACCUCGGAUGGUACCCAGGGGGCGCCAGAGAGUGUUUCCAUAUGCACAACUGCGAGUGCCGUGGACUCUAUUAAAUGUGGCGAAACAAAAAAUCUCCCAAACGCAACAGUCACUUGGAAUUGGAGCCCCGUGGGUAACUUCAGUCAUUUCUUAGUGCAGUUUGAGGGUUCCACGACUAUAACGACGUCUAAAAGCUUUGUGAAAGGAGAUCUUAAACAUUACACUGAGUACGUUUUGUGGGUGACGACGCAGAGCUGUGGUGAAAGCAGCACCCGUAAGAGCCAGACCUGCAGGACGGGGAUCACAGAUCCACCUCUACUGAAGGACUACCAGCCCCUGAUCCAAGUGGCGAACGUGAAACACAAUGACUUCACGAUUAACAUCAGCCGGACUCUGCUGAACGACGCCAACGGGCCAAUCAAAAACGUGGGCGUGUUAGUGUCAGAAACUGCAAAUGAUCCCAGCCGGCCCGAAGUGGUGCAGUACUUGGCGAGCACUUAUACUGAAUGGGAAGCAGGAAAGACUGAAGCGUAUUUGGCGACGGUAAUCAGCGUAGAUACAAGAGCGGCUCGUGAUACAACAAACACUCUCAGUAUAAAUGUCGGAGAUGAGUCGAUGUGGAACGGAUACUCGAACGGUUUACUGAAGCCCACGAGAAAAUACAAAUUCGCCGUCGUUGUUUUCACCAGUAUCGCGAUGAACGGGUUGCUUAUAAGUGGCUCGGAGUCUCUGUUUUCAAAUACAGGGUUUGACAAUGUGGUAACACUUCCACAAAGUCCAGUCGUCAUUGGAAUCGCAGUUGGAGUGACCCUGGGUAUUUUCUGCUUUCUGCUCCUCGUGUUGAUUGGAUUCAUCAUUUACUGGAGAAGGUUGGCGAAAAAAGAGUCGUCUGACAUUCAAAUCCAUUCGCUGAGGAGUUUCCCCGUCAGAGUCGAGGAUUAUGAAGUUUACUACAAGAAACAAAAAGCAGAUUCUGCCUGUGGCUUCGCUGAGGAAUAUGAGGAAAUCAAAGUUGUCGGUACGGCUCAGGCCAAAACCAGCGCUCUGAUCCCAGAGAACAAACCCAAGAAUCGCUACAGCAACGUGCUUCCAUACGACGCAUCUAGAGUAAAGCUUUCUAUCAUUCAUGGAAAUCCUAUUGACGACUACAUCAAUGCUAACUACAUACCGGGUUACAACUCCAGGAAGGAGUUUAUCGCGGCUCAGGGCCCUUUGCCGGCCACAGUCAGUGAUUUCUGGAGGAUGAUCUGGGAGAAGAACGUGCAGACGAUGGUGAUGCUGACGCGCUGCAACGAACAAGGACGAGUGAAAUGUGAGCAGUACUGGACGUCUGGCUCCAGACACUAUGAGAACAUCACUGUGACCACCACGUCUGAGAUUCCUCUGGACGACUGGACCAUCAGGGACUUUGACGUCAAAAAUGUGAAAACCGCAGAGACUCGUUCGGUUCGACAGUUCCACUUCACGGCCUGGCCCGACCACGGCGUCCCAGAGACGACCGAGCUCCUGAUCAGCUUCAGACACCUGGUCCGAGAGCACAUGGACCGGUACAGGAACUCCCCCACUGUAGUGCACUGCAGCGCCGGCGUGGGUCGGACUGGGACCUUCAUCGCCAUCGACCGCCUUCUGUUCCAGAUCGAAAGGGAGAACGUGGUGGACAUUUACGGUAUUGUUCACGAUAUGAGAAUGCACCGAACUCUGAUGGUGCAGACGGAGGACCAGUACGUGUUCCUCCAUCAGUGUGCACUCGACAUCAUCAGAUCAAGAACUGGAAACAAUGUAGAUCUCAUUUACCAAAACAUGGCUGCACUCAACAUUUAUGAAAACAUUGAUCUCCAGAAGAAAUGAUGUUUAAAAGUGGCUCAAGAACUCGAGAAAAAAAUAAUUAUUUGGGAACAGUUUUUCGUAAACUGUAUAUUUAUUUUUACAUCAUCUAUCCCACCUCUGGAUCCUCGUCUUAUUCUCUUUUUUUAUUUUAUAUUUCUGUAACUAUAAGAAUUUUAGGACCAAAACAUUUUAUUUUCUUAACUGUGUAACUUUUAGGACAUGUUGCUGCUUUUCCUGCAGCGUUUCAACAAAAGUACUAUUGAUUUUUAAUGCGUUAAAGAUGGAAAAUACUUUGACAAACACACAUUUAUUUUUAAAAACUCAGACUUGCUUUUCCACAGAUGUGACCUGUAACGUGGCCUGGUGGUAAAACCUGCUCGUCUCUGUAAAUAGAUACGUUCAGGGGUCAGAAUGUAGAACAGGGGUGGGCGACCUUUAACCCCGAAAGAGCCGUUUGGACCCGGUCUCCAUGGAAAAAAACAAACAAAAACAAAACACUGGGAGCUGCAAAUACUUCUUAACAUCUGAAAAGAAGAUAAUACUGUAUAUAUAAUUGUUUUUUUUUCCAUUUACGCUCUUUAUAAAUGACUAUAGUGUGUCGUUUAUGAAAUCCAUGAAGUGCCACAGAGACUUUUGCUGUUUCCGCAGGACUGAGCGCGGUUUAUUUUUAACAUUUUACGGUGGAGAAAAGCUGGAUCGACAGGACCCCAAUGCGUAUUUCUCGAUAAAAGCUCGGCGUUUUGGCGAGUGCCGGCUUCUGCGAGUGUGGCGCUUAUUCUGAGCAACGAAAAAUAAUAAAAUACAGCUUUAUUUUAAUAUUUCAAGAUCAGAAUAACCUUCCGAUUUAAACUACAAUUCCAAAAAAGAACCAACACAAAUAAAAUACACUUCAAUUAAACGCUUAUAAUUUAUUUUCCCCAAGCUAAGGAUGAAAGAGCCGCUGGUCGCCGACUCCUGCUGUAGAACAAACGUGUGGCUUAUUCCCCCAACGUAAAAAGUUCCUUGUUGCACCUUUACUGUUGUUUGUCAUUUAAAUUCUCAGGUAUCAUUUGUAGCUUUGUGGCUAUUAGCAGAAAACUAAAGAAAAACGUAAAAAAAACAAUACUAUUUGAGCCUCAAGUUGUGUUUCAUGUGAUUAUUUUGCUUUUUGUGCAAUAACGAGUGUCUGCACUGUAAUGCACUGGAUGCAUUUUAGAUUUUUAUUGUAUUGUUCACACUUUAAAUGACGGAGGCGCCAGUGCUUCGAUAAACUGGAACAUUUUUAUCAUUUUAAGUCAUGACUGUGUUGCAUCAUCUCAGGAAUUGCUGAUGUCCCACGUGCGUUCCACUUACAGCUAACCGUGCGUCACUUCCUGUUGCGUAUCCAGUUUAUCUAUGGACGUUUCCUGUGCGUACACUCCCAAAUGUUCCAUGGAGGUACUUUUUCUGUUUUUAAAUGUUUUUGUAACGACUCAUGUUAAGUUUGACGCCACCGUUUGGUUUAUUUAUUGUACGAUUUGACGUUAAAAGCACUUAUGUGUAAAGCAAUACAAAAAACGUUUAAUGUUUAAUGUGUUACGAAAAGCAUUUGUAUAUUGCUUGCAGGUACAACGCAAAUAAUGUAAUAAAUUUUGAGUAAAUACGCUUUGUUUUGCGUGUUUAUUUUUGUUUAAAGAUGUCCGUGUCGUCCCUCAGUCGUCCAGGUCUGAUCCACAGCAAAAGAAAAAUCGUCUACACCUUUUAGUUUGCGGUUUCUGCUUGUUGGCUCGGUGCCUGAGUCAUAUUUUGUAUAAUCAUUCAGGCCCUUAAUGGCUGCUCUCACACCUGUUAGCAUACGGGCUAGCACUUGUUUUGAUUUACGUCUGAAAAUAGAGUUUAAAAAAAGGAGAUAAAUUAUGUCUCAGGCCACAUUUCUGUUCAAAGGAGGAUUGUCUUUCCGCACAAAAAAAAAAAGGCUUUUUAACUCCCCUCUCGAACAAUUUAUUUUCUUUGGCUCAGAUCUGUACCUCGUCGUCUUCAAAGGAGAGGUUAGCGGCUUUGAGAUGGAGAUGUACGGCUCGGGACGUCCAGUGUUCUAAUAGAUCCCCGUAUGCUAAUAGGUGUGAGAGCAGACGUUAAGGGCCUGAAUGAUCGUGCAAAAUAUGACUCAGGUACAGCUCAGACUUUGUGUUGCGUAAUACACUGAGCCAGCAAACAAACUGAACAAAUAGGUGUGUUACUUUCCAGCUAAAUCAGACAAGACUGAAGUCAUCAUCUUUGGUCCACAGAAACAGAGGGAGACUGGAGGUGACGACUAACACUUAAUCUAAAACUUACAAAUCAGGCGAGAAAUCUAGAGGUAAUAAUGGACUCAGACUUGAACUUUAACAGACACAUCAAAUCAGUAACAUCUGCAGCUUUUUACCAUCUAAAAAUAUGUCAAAAAUCAAAGGUAAACUGAAAACCAGACGUAGAGAGACUUAUCCUGCGUUUGUCUCCAGUAGGUUAGACGACUGAAACGUCCUGCUCACUGGACUCUCCAAACGAGCCUUAAGACAGAACAGAACAUCCACUAAAGCAGGACUAAAGCAGGACUAAAGCAGGACUAAAGCAGGACUAAAGCAGUAGUCCGCCUUUUCAUAUCAGAGCUGCAAACUGUGGAACUCACUGCCCACUGAAAUAAAAAAACAUUUCUGAGUUGAAAAUGUUCACCUCUAGGGUUAAGAACUGUCUGAAAAUGAGUCAAAACUGUACACACUUGUAAAUAAGUCGUAUGACAGUUGGUGAGUGAGAGAACGUGUGAGUGUUGGAUGUAUAUUUGUGCACUGAUGUAACUAUUUUAAGGGGCAGGUGUUUUAAUAUACUUUGCAUAUUGGUGAAUUGUGGAGAAGCCCCAACCAGGGAUAAACUCUAUAUGCAUCACAUCAGCUGCAAUGUUCAUGUUGUAACUAUGUCAGAUUGCAUUGUCCCUGUCAAAUAAAUAUAAAUAAAUAAAUAAAUAAAGCAGGACUAAAGCAGGACUAAACCGGGGACUCAACAUGAGAAAUCAGUGUUUAAAUUUUCUGCAGCUAAAACCUGGAAUGAAAACCUGAAGAUGUGACUCAGGCCUCGACUUUGACAAAGUUUAAAUCCAGACUCAAACGAUUCUGUUUAUCUGCUGUGACUGAAGGGGGUUUAUUCUGCACUUUUCUCCGUUCAUGUCAAUCUUAUGAUGAUUAUUUGUGAUCAUUUGUUUUGUUGUACUGUGACUUUAAUGUAUUUUUUAUUCUGUAAAGCACUUUGAAUUAUCUUGCGUACAAACGGUGCUGUAUAAAUAAACGUGUCUUGUUCGCUUCAGUGUCGUUAGCGCCUCCUUCAGACAGAUACAAGUCAGUGUCCAGCAGUAAUCUGACCAGAACUGAAGAACAUCUGCAGGUUAAAACUAAAAUGUUUUGUUUAAAUGCUGAAUCUGUGACAUCUGAACACGAUCUUUACUUUCUCACUCAACACAAUCAUCAGGACUGUGGCUAAUGGAGUUUCAGUUAAACUUUCUUCCAUCUCUGAACCUCACGCACUUGAAAAACAGAUGAGAACGAAGUGUCAGGACUUUAAAUUUGUGCCUAGUGCAGAGGAAAAAGUUAGCACAGCUUUGCAUUAUUGAAAACAUCUCCGGCUGCACGUUGUCGAGUGCAUCUGAAAUAAAUGAAUUAAUAAUAACAUUUCUGUUUUCGGCUCU